UCAAAAAUUUCCUGUUACAUCCAUAAAAAGAAAAACAGUCACUAGUUCAGAUGAAGAGCACUUUCCCGCCAAUAAUGAUGAAUCGGCGUCAGAGGUCGCAGAUCACGCCGCUGUCUCAGUCUCCGUCGACCGAUAUGUUUUUCUUCAAGCUUAAAGAUCUCGCCUCUCGCCACGAGAAAAUGAAAAUCGCAUAUCAUGAGCUCAAGUCUCAUGUCAACGCCGGUUUGCUUGAAGCGGAGGAGGUUUUUGCGUCUCUGGCAAUUCCGUUGAUGAAGCUGGUUGGUUUGAAAACUAAGGAAAUGGCAGAAGAAGGACGAUCCGCUACCAUUAUCAGCGAUAUCGGUUUCUCUCAUGAGAACCGGAAAAAUGGAUUGGAAAACGCAGCACCAGAUGCUGCUACCGAAGGAGAGCGAGAAUAUCAUAUUAGUGGACCUGAGGGAGAAAGUUAUGUCACUAAAGCUACCAUGGCAGGAAAAGAACUCAUGGUGAAGCAACAUACAAACUUAUUACAACUAGUGCAGUUGCUUAGACAAACUGAAAUUCGAGUCAAUCAUCGCCAGAAUGACAUCCUUGAAACCCUUGGCAGCCAUCGUGCCUCCUUGCACAAGUUUUUCCAGAAAGCCUUUUAUCAUAUAUCUACCCUUCACAGUCAAAACCAUGACAUCAUUCUCGUAACAGUGAAGCUCCUUCAACAUGUAUUCAACAAUGUGAAUGCAGUCCUUAGUUCAGUGGAAGGUGGUGUGGAGGAUCUAGUUCAGGAUCUGGCAUCAAAGAUGUGUAAUCCAAUGGUGGAGUAUGUUAAGGGGCUCAAGGAUGAUAUGAAGAAUGGGACGUGCGUGCGUUUAUUGACUAUUGUGGAGGAAAUGGAAAUAGUAAUGAGAGAUGGUAAGCGCGAGUUAGAAGAUGCAAGGAAGAAAGUUAGAGUGGCAGAAAAGGGGAAAACCGAGGCGCUAAGCAAGUUGAAGCUGAUAGAAGAUAGAGUGAGGAGAAUGAAGGAGCAUCUUUCCCUUCCUCAAGCUGAAAGAGGGCUUAUAGAACCUUUAACUCCACACAAGUUGUUAGGCAUGGAGGAAGAGCAAGUAAAAGAUGAGAAGCUACUAUGGAAACUAUUGAAGAAGAAAAGAAAAUAUCAAGCAAGCCCCAUGGGACCUGAAGGACUUCUAUGCUUUGAUAGCUAUGAUAGGCACGGUAAGUCAGCAGGCGCGAAGCCACCCUUGGAUCACAGGCGGGCUAAAAGGAAUUGCCCGAGGGAGCUGGUUCCACAAACUCCAUGUUUGAAUACUUGGAUUGCCUUGGGCUCAUCGCCUUCAUUGGCAAUUCAACCAGCUAAUUCGCGCAAGCGAGUCACUCCUUGAAUGGCAGAAUCCACUCGCUUAAGCUGUAAGAUCUGGUAGAUUGGUGUCAAUAAGUAAACACUUCCCUUUUCUCCCCGUUGUUGCAAAUACUUAUUACAUCUGGAAUAGUAGAAAUAGAAUGUUAGUCCUUGUGUGAAUUUGGAUUGCUUUGCCCUAGAGUCUGGACUUUACCAUAUUGGAGCAGGACUGAAGAUUAAUCUGAGUCUAUAAAUCACUAUUUUUAUACAAAUACAAACAUUGCUAUGAUGUUUCAUUUUACUAAAUAACAACCGAAAUUUAAACAUGCCUAAUUCUGUGAGUUUGUUAUUAUACUGAUAACUCGCAAGUUUAAUCAAUAUGAAGUUUAAGUUUCUGCAGGCAGUUUGUGUUCCAAGAUGGGGUGAAUAUGAUUGUUGCUAUGAUGCUGAAAUUCUCUCGUUACCAUCUGGGGUCGAAGGAUUCGAAAUAUGCAUCAGAUUGGGCUAUUGUUCUUCAUGGAUCACAAGUUCAAGCUCAGCCCUGAAGUAUUACAACCAAAUUGGCUUUUCAAAGGCUGCAGUGCACAUCUAGCUCCAGUCUAGUCGGUUACUGGACGACCAAGCUCCUAUUAUUUUGUCAGGGGGCCGAUUUACUCCAUUGCUGCUGUGCUCCUGGUCCUUUCAUUCUAUUUUGUACACAAUUUUUCUUUCUUUCUCUAAACUGCGAUUCUCUCUUAACAGUGCAGAAAAACAUAAAAAUUACAAGAUAAUAUUUCUCGUAGUGUGAUUAGCCUGCUAUUC